GCUCCACUACUCCUCCUCCCCCUCCUCCUCCUCCUUCUCCUCCUCGGCCUCCCCCACCCGAGCGCGUCUCCCAAGACUGUUUCAGCCAUGUCGCUCGCCGAGCAAUUUGAUGUCCUCGAAGUCAUAGGACGUGGAUCAUUCGGCUUGGUCCACAGGGUGCGCCGGAAGCGCGAUGGAAAAAUACUCGUCCGGAAAACCGUCUUCUACGGCGACAUGAAGGACAAAGACAGACAGCAAUUGACGGCGGAGUGUGGGAUCCUUUCCCAAGUGAAACAUCCGAAUGUCGUCGAGUACUUUGAUCGGGAGCAUGAUAAAGUCAACGCCACACUAAACCUGUAUAUGGAGUACUGCGGGAAUGGCGAUCUUGGACACACCAUCAAGCAGUGUCGCCGCGAAUCAACGCUACUACCCGAACCGAUUAUUUGGACUUGGUUUACACAGAUUGUCCUUGCGCUUUAUCGGUGUCACAACGGGGUCAAUCCACCCGAACUCGGAACCGUAAGCAACAAUGCCCCGCAUGCCCCGGUUCCAUCGGACAGGCGGGCUCUCAAGAUAUUACAUCGCGAUUUGAAGCCUGGGAACAUUUUCCUAGGAGAGGGUGGAGAUGUCAAGUUGGGCGACUUUGGCCUUUCAAAGAUGAUGGCCCCAGAACAACAGCUAGCGAACACGUACGUCGGUACACCCUACUACAUGUCACCGGAGCUGGUUAGCGAGCAGCCUUACACGCAUAAGUCGGACAUAUGGUCGCUCGGUUGCAUCAUCUAUGAGCUCUGUUCCCUUGCGCCGCCGUUCGACGGUAGGAAUAUUUAUUCCCUAUGCGACAGAAUCAAAAAUGGACAGUACACACCUAUACCAAAGAGCUAUUCUUCAACCUUGAAGAACGUUAUCGAUCUGUGUCUUCAGGUGGAUCCUCGAAAGAGGCCGGACACGAACGAACUUCUCGACAUGGAAAUUUUCAGGGUCAUGCGGAAAGAGAGGGAAUUGGUUCUCAUUCGGCGGGAGUUGAAGAGUAUCGAGGAGCAACUACAAGCGAGAGAGGAUUCUAUCCAGCAAAGGGAAUCGCAGCUACAAAAGGAUGUGGAGGAUAUGCGGGAAGCCCUGGUGCACCGCGAGCAUCAAAUGUGGGAGGAAAUCGAUGCUUCGCUGCGGGCGCAGUGGGAGGUUCUGGCAGCCAAUGAGAUCAAGCGGCAUGUUGAAAUUGAAGAGGCCAGACUGCAGUCCGAGUAUGACGCCCGCCUUCAGGUGGAAUUGGAGGCCCGCCUUCAGGUGGAAUUGGAGGCCCGGCUCAACAUCGAGUUACAGAGGAAGAUUCGGGAAUAUGAUCUUGUACCACGAAGUCAACGGGAGUCGUAUUCUCCACCCACCACCACCUCGGCAGAUUCGUCUGGGUCGUCAUCCAUCUUUUCGAACCAACAUGAUUCCCCACCGCAAAACCACCGCCGGGCACCUAUUUUGAUGCCCGACUCCCCCGCAGAUGUCACGAUGGCGUCCCCUUCCGCUUGGAACACCCCUGGAAACCGUCGCCACUACCACAUGUCCGGAGAACCCCCAAAGUUCGGCCAGAUGUUGCCCGAUAGCGAGCCGAGAACGAGACCGGGUAGUACGGCAAACGUGCUAACAUCGCCCACUCAAAGCCGCGCAUCCUCCGCCGCUCAAAUGCUCGACAAUCCUCCACGACUCGAACCCACCGGUGGCUUCACACAACUCAGACGCCCGGCAAUAGCAUCGACUGGUUCGCCUUCCCGGGCUGCUUCUUCCCGCCGGGGUAUCCAACGGGCAGAAACGACCGGACAGUUGCCUUCGAACAGGAGGGAUUCAAAUGGCAGCGGCAGUAGAGCCGGCAGUUCUGAAGGGACAGCGGGCGAAGCCAGAGGGAGGAGCAUCAUCGAGAUCGGAAAGUCGAGACGCCUGGCACCAGCGCCCAAGUGGGACCCCAGCUCGGAGGACGCGCCGAGUCCGUUCCGGAAAGUAAAUACUAGGAGAAUGAGAUCAUAGUCGUCCUUCUUGCUUGUAGAAGUUCUCUACGCACAUUCGUCUCAACCUCAUACAUACCCCAUAUCCUUUUUUUCUUCUCUCUCUUUUUGGCUUU